AUGGCCUCCUCGCAAAUCUCGACGUCCAAGGACGACAAGGACGACAUUGAGCUGCGCGUCAAGACCCCAUCCGACAAGGACGACGACGGGCAGCUGCCACCCACCACGCGAACCUACAGCCGUCACAGCGCCAACCUCAACGACGAUGAGCAGCUGCAGCGCCUGGGCAAGAAGCCCCUCCUCAACCGAAGCUUCGGCUUCAUGCCCAUCUUGGGCUUCGCUUGCUCGGCGCUGCUGUCGUGGGAGGGCAUCGUCACCAACUCUGGCUUGGCCCUGACCAACGGAGGGCCCGCCGGCGUCAUCUGGGGCUUCCUGAUCAACUGGAUCGGUACGCUGUCGGUCAAUGCCGUGCUCGCGGAGCUGAGUUCCAUUGCGCCUACAGCCGGUGGGCAGUAUCACUGGGUGGCCAUGAUGGCACCCGCCUCCUGUAGCGCCUUCCUGACAUAUCUCACCGCCUGGCUAACUACCAUGUCAUGGCAGUUCAUUGCCGUGUCGAUUGGGUACAUCAUCUCGACAAUGAUGCAAGGAAUCAUCGUGCUUGCCACCGCCAGAUCGUACGAGCCGACGAAAUGGCAGACGGUGCUGAUCCUCUGGGGCGUCAUGGCAUUUGCUGUCAUCGUCAACUCGACCACCAGUCGCGCACUGGCCAAGUUCGAGGGCCUGGUCCUGGUCCUGCAUCUGGUUGGCUUCUUCGCCGUGCUGAUUCCGAUGGUCUACCUGGCACCACACAUUGACCCGGCGGAUGUCUUCAGUACGUUCCUGAAUGGAGGUGGCUGGGCGAACCAGGCGCUGUCGUUCUUUGUUGGGUUUCCGUCGGGCUCUUCGGCGCUGAUUGGUGCUGAUUGUGCGGUGCACAUGUCUGAGGAGAUUCAACACGCCGCCAUGGUGGUGCCGCGCGCGCUGAUGUAUACAAUCAUCAUCAAUGGCUCGCUCGCAUUCGCCAUGAUAAUCGUCAUGCUCAUCUGCCUCAGCGACCUCGACGCCGCGAUGAAGUCAGCAGAGACCCUUUUCUACCCGUUCAUCCAGAUAUUCUACUCGGCAGUGAAGUCGAGAGAAGGAGCCUGCGUCAUGGCUGGCCUGAUUCUGGUCCUGUCGAUGUCAAGCAGUGUCGGUAUCUACGCGUCCGCCUCCCGGAUGAUGUGGUCGUUUGCGCGAGACAAGGGAUUACCAUUCUCCCAGCAGCUGGUUAAGCUCACCAAGGACCAAUUGCCUGCAAAUGCCAUCUUCACCACGCUGGGGAUCACCGUUCUCUUGUCGCUGAUCAUCCUCGGGUCUUCAGUCGCACUGGGUGCUCUCAUAUCACUGGUGGUCGCUGCGCUUUUCUCCUCGUAUCUGCUCUCCUGCGGUCUGCUGCUCUGGCGUCGCUGCACGGGAGCGCUACAGCCGUAUUCGACCAACUGGGAGAGUCUGGAUUCCGGCCGUCUGACCUGGGGCCCGUGGAGGGUACCUGAGCCCCUGGGGACCAUCAACAACGUUGUUGCCUGCCUCUACUGCGCCUUUCUCCUGUUCUGGUCUUUCUGGCCGCAGUACACGCCCGUCACGCCCGAGACAAUGAACUGGAGCAUCCUGGUCUUUGGCUCUGUGGUCGGAUUCUGCAUACUGUGGUACGUCUUUCGGGCGAGACAUUACUUCAAAGGCCCAAUCAAAGAGAUUUGA